AUGUCCGGCAAUGAACGCACGUAAGUCGGCCGGAGAAAUGGAACACAGGAAAGGGGCAUAAUGGUAUUUGCACAAAACGCAUAGAUAGGACCGCUAAAAGUGGUGAUAAAGAGUUACGGGCUUGGGCUCGUCACCCCAUUUGCAUAUGUUCGGCCACUAUAUAUUGGGGCCAAACCGCUGAAAUCUAAACAUGUUUUCUCGAGCGAAUUCUACAAGGCAAGUCACUUUUUUCUCUCAGAGUUUGUCCGACCGAGACGGUCUAAUAAGUUUCUAAAAAAUGGCAUGUUUACCGUUUUGCGUAGGCUGCCGUUAGAGAUGUUUUGUCAAUUCGGAUCAAAUCCGCAAACUUUACUGUGUGCCUCCGGCAUGGAUCACAUUUCAUUUCAUUUCUCACUGUAUGCACACAAAUAUCGGAUCAUGAACCCGGUUUUUGAUAGGUCGCUUAGCUGCCAAACAGUAAACGUCUCUCAUUUCUCACUUUCGAAGAGUCUUGUCCGAUCUCACAGUUCACACUCAAUAUUUUCUGUUGAACUCUUGGUAGAGCAAGUGUGCCAAGUGGACUGCCGCUUUCUCUUAGUCUUUUCACGUUUACUGUCGGGUAUUUACAAGCAAUUUUCUUUUUUCUUACUUGCUACUCUAUUAAACAAUGUUCAAAAACGUUUCCGGCGUCUCAAUCCCAAUAUCUCUUGCACAGCUGUUGUGAUCUGAGCAUGAUGAGUGCUCAUGAAACAUUCACAUCUUGCUCAUCAAAAUCUAUUUCUCUUUCUCUCUUCUAUACGCCAGAUCUAAUCAAUUUGUGAGCACCUAUUUUUUCCGCACCUCGACUUCCGUUACACUCAUUUUACAACUCGGUCGCAGGAGAAAGCUCUUCAAUGACGAUGCUCUUGCAAAAUUAUAAAUUAUUGAAGAAUUCUAAUUAGAAAAUCGUAAUACUAGGAAAGUGAUGGGAGCAAAAAAAACCCGUCUGAUUACUUUCGAGAAAAAAUGGAAUCGGGACUUUGGGACUUUGGGACCAGAACAGAACAAUCCCUUGCAGAACACUUUCCAAAUCUUUUGAAAUUUUACGACAAAUGUGAUAAGAUAAUGAUUUCAGAGUAAUGACCGAAAGCCCGUUUCGAACAGGGACGCCCUCAAAGAUGCCAUCCGCGUUCGGAGAGAAGACCUAUGUGAGUUUCACUUGAUAAACCGGGAGGUGAAAGUUGUUUCCUGAUAAUCACUGAUACCGGGGCCGGCUUUUGCAUAUUAUAUCUGAAUACGUACAAAAUAGGUCAGGUCAGUUUCGGUUUGAGAUCAAACGAAAUGAAUGAAAUCGCAUCACAGUUGGAGACCGUUGUUGCAAGAAUUGCCGCUUUUGUUCCGCCCUUCUCAGCCUAAUUCAUCAAGAGUCAUAUUAUGUGCCUCAUUUUGCCAACAUUCUCAUCUCUUGUCGUUCCUCUAAAGUUUUAGAACCUAAUAAUAAUCUUGUCUCAAUCCCAAGAACAACGGUACUAGAUGGAUGUGCAAUCAUUUGUGCGCACAUGUGUUCUGAUGACCCUAGAGUAAUCCGACACACUUUGGACAGCCGGAGUGGUCCGUCCCUCGCACACACACCUGCAAUUACGACCCCCGCCACGAGUGCGUCCUUGUACGGUCUACUCUCCCUCUCUCUCCUUUUCCUCUUUUUCCCUUUCUUUUCACUCAUCUAAUCCGUUCGUUUUUUUGCUAAUAGAGAGCACUCUUCUGGCGUUAUUACCAUACUCUUUUGUUAUUCUUCUGCCAGCUAUUAUACUUGUGAGAAAACCACACAAACCAUGCACUCGCGUUCGCUUUUCUUUGCUCUUGCAUGUGUGUUUCGCAGAUUAUAGUAGUUUUUCUUGGUGAUCUUGAGAAAACACGUACAUACACACACAUACCCGCAUACAAACAGUCUGAGGGCAGUGAUUUUUCUGCGCGAUAAGUUUUGUCCUCCCAUUCAGAUGCCAAUGAUUUUUCUCACUUGUCAGUGAAUUCUAAAUUCUCGAAUUUCUUCUUCCCUUUUUCCUCUUCGCAAUUGGCAAUAGCCAAUAGAAUAUUCGAAAAAAUUCAGAAAUCAUGCGGAGAGUAAUUGAUAGAAAUCGCAGAGCAACGGUCACAACGUUUGAUUUAGGGCCUCUUCAGGUUUGAUUUGAGAUCUUUAAAAAAAGUUAUCAUAUUUCAAAUAACCAUGAUUUUUCAGGUCAGCAAAGAAGAGCACGAAAAGGAACGCACUAGAUGGCUUGGAAAGAUGGAGGAAGUGGAAAAGCGGCUGAUGGAUGCGGAAAUUAUGAAUUCGUCCCUGACAAUCAACAAAGCGGAACUUGUGAGUUGACCGUAGCUCGUGGAAAAUUGACGGAACAGCUGCUGUGUUGCGCAUGAAAGACCAAAACAUGUCACACGAGUAUUAAUUUCUAUAGCGAGCUGCAUUCUUUCAUUUGUUCAUUUCCACUUCUCAGUCAGAUUUACCCUCAACAUGCAAUAAUCUCCUCUUCAAUUUUCAGAAAAAGCGUAUUGUGGAAAUGGAGAAGGGCCAGCGGCCAAUGAUCGAUGCGAACCGCAAACUUUCCGAUCGCAACAAAACCUUGCAACAGGAAAUGAAAAAGAUUGAGCAGAGAUUCUGUCACAGCCGAGACGAUUUCCUAACUCUGGUUUGAAUUCGGCACGUAGUGAACAUAUAAAUACUGUCUUUUUUCAGAAAGAUGUCCAUGAACGUCUUCUCAAGGAGAACGCGUGUUUGAAAGAGAAACGUGUGUCGCCGGAGAAGUUGGAGGAACUCAGCCGAUACCGUAACAAAGUGCUCGAGUACUCAAAGUGUAUCACUGCUCUCAGAAGUUCCGCCUAUGUUUGUACUCUUCUCGCUUCACUCAUCUAUUCUAGUCUUUUCAGGAAAAAGACAAGAGAUAUGAGAUGCUGGUCCAAAAGUUCAAGCGUCUACAGAAGUGCCUGAAGAAAAGUGAAAACGAUGACGACAGAAUGAGGUAAGCCGAGAAGCUGAAUAGAUCUUUCCAGAGUAAUCCGAUUUUGCAGCAAUGGUGGAAGCGAUUGUUCGGCGGCCAGCACUGUAAGCCUUGAUACGAUUACGGAGGAUUUCGAGGAGGUUUGUGCGACGGGAAUCUGUUUGCCAAGAAAUCGAAACGUUGAUGUGUCUGUGUGUCACACGACUUCUUAUUCAUUGACCAUUGGUGGUCGAUCGUCGAUUCAUUCAUGACGUCUGGCUUUCCAAAGAUUGUUUUGAUUCCGUAUGUAGGCGCUUUUUCAAGCACUGAAUCACGACUAAGCAUUUCGAGAAAGCGGUUCCGCAAACUCAGGGAUCGCCGUACAUUUUAGCGAGCUGAGUCAGUUUUGAGAUCGAAUCAUCAAAAAUUCCAUAAUUCUCGGAAAUGAACUCGCGGUUAUCCAAGAAAUGUACCGGAUUAAAGAAGCGUCAUAAAAGAGUGACACUAGGCGGUCUGAGUUGGCGAUAAUUUGAAGGAAAAAUGAAUAACUGAGAAAGGGGACCAAUGGAAAAGGGACUAAUCUGUGAUUAGCGCACCCUGCGGCUAGGAAACUAUGAAGAACUUUGACAAAGAAAAAGAAAAGAAAAACAAGUUUGGGAAAACCUUGUCAAAACCUCUUGAGGCUUAUUUUUCAAACUCAAUUUCGGAAUAUUGACGGCCUUUCAGUUGUUUUCUUCUUUUUUGCGAACGCCAACAUUCAUAAAGCCUGCUUUUCUAUUGCUGACUUAUUCUUUUGCAAAAUUCAGUUCACAACCAAAACUGGCUAUUUUCCGCGUCAACUUAUUAUUUCUGCGGUGACCGAAGCACUUUACACCUUCCGAAGUCCACACACUUUGAUAAAUGUUAGUCUAAACGGAGAAACGAAUGAGGGGAAUACAAAAAACUGUUUGAUUGUCGAACAAUCAUUCAUUCGCUCUUCUUCUCUUCACUCAUUAUCCCCAUUCGUUUCUUCUCCGUUUCCCUCAGAUACUUUCGUUGGUCUGGCUAGCAUUUUGAGGAAGAGGAUAAUUAAAGAAAACGCUAUAAAUCAGGAAAAAAAGAGAAGCUAUUCUCGAGAUUCAUCGAAAAGGGUCGUUACGAUUUGGGUGCGGUUCGCUCUUUCUUCCACCAUGUUGCCUUAUUCUCGCUUCAUUUAUUGGUCAGUAAGAAGAUUGGUAGCAUUAGAAUGACGGUUCCAACAAGAACAGAACUACGUAUUCCCUUUUGUCUCGAUAGAAGAAAUACAAUGUUAAGGAUUAACCUUCAAAGCCUUUUGUGUCAUUCUAAUUUGAUAAAGUGAAGACGUGAAUGUGAAUCCGUCAACCCUUCUUUUUCCUUCCCGCAUAAAGUUAGUGUGCCUCCCAUCCAUUCUCAUGCAAAAUUGAUUAAUUAAAAAUGCUAACCAUUUCCGUCAACGGGCAUGACUCAUUUCGGAGGAAAAGGAAGGAAAGUACUCUGGCGGGCAGUAGUAGUAGUAGUAAUAGUUGUAGUUGGCCCCGCCGAGUUUCAGCGGAUUGCCCUUGAACGCCCAGCGGCAAACGGUCAUCAAUCACUUUCCUAGAAUCAAAUUAAGACGCAGCCACCCAACACUACCUGUGAUACGAUGCUGACGGACUGUUUUUGUUCGUAAAACACCCCCCUCGACAUGUUGCGGUUCUUUUGCGGCAAAAGAAAACGAGACGAAACGUUAUUAUUAUUCUAGGGAAUACUUGAAGCAGGUCAACCUGAGAUUAGAAAUUUGUCGAAAUUGUGUGAAUUAGACCGUAAACUCGAGAUUCGUGGCCUACUACCCGCGGCGUUAUGUUAAUGAAUGAUAUGCAUCUCAUAAAUAUUGGCGGUUUUCAACAGCGGAGACCAAACCGAACCGACAUAACUGUCAUCUCGGAUUCUGUCGAACCACCCUUAAAAGUCUCGACGUCAUCAUCAAUUUUCUAUGUAUUCCCUCCCUUGCGUUUUUGAUAGAUAGCAUCUACAACCUUCACCUAAUCGGCUACUCUACUUCAAUCGGAAUUAUUUCUUACAGGUUUUCGCAAAGGAUAUCGAGACCGACUAUCAGGCUUUGUACAGAGAGAACGCCGAAUUGCAGCGUGCUUUGAAUGUAAGUCAUCGUUAUUGUAUGAAAAUCGCAACUAGUGGAACACUUUAGGAACUCCAACUAAACACUUCUGAUCUGAGCGAAGAAAGUUUCUUGAGAGACCAGAUCAGCUUUGCCAAUUCGACAAUCGAACAACAACAACUCGUUAUUGACGCCACACAAGACAUGGUUAGUCGCCCAGAAACUUAUCUAUCUCCCAUUCCCUUUCACUGACUUUUCGGGUGAUCUUUUUGCCGAUAGAUAGAUUGAGGUGCUUGAGCAUUGAUCCACCGGACAUUCCUCAUGACGUGAUAAUACGGUUGCGAUGCGAUCCAAAUAAAGAGAGAAAAAGCGCGGUUCCUCCCACCAACUAGUGCAAACAUGGGCUGGCAAUUCAAUUACGUAGCAACCAACAAUCAGCGCUCUCUCUCUCUUUCUCUCUCUCUGAAUUGAUCAGUUGCGGUUCCUUAUUGAUACGUUGAUUGGCGUGUUUGUGUGUUUGUGUGUUCCCCCUUGCAUGUACUAACCAUGUUCCAGAUGUCCCAAACUGCACAGCUCAAAUCGACCAUUGCUGGUCAGCAAGAGCAUAUCCGAUGUUUGGAGCAGACUAUCGAAGACUUGAGAGAACAAAUUGAAUCUCAAACCGAGCGCAAUGAUGUUCUUGAAUUCCAAGUGCUCGAGAUGGAAGAGAACCAGAAACAACAGGUUUGAAGUGUUUUCAAUUCAUGCAGUGGUUAUGGUUUGGUUUCAUCCUACAACCCUUCAUAGCACCUUAUAACUGUAAAUUUUCAGGAAGUCACAGAAAAAGCCAACGUUCAGUUUGAGAAGGAAAAGGCACAAUUGCAAAAGGAACUUGAUGAAGUCAAGAAGGCUCAUUGUGAACAGCUCAAGACCAUUAUGGUCAUCAAGCAAGAAUUGGAAGCUGUCAAAUCUGCAGCACCAGCCAAUUUGUCAGUAUCAGAAUCGGAAGAAGUGAAAAACUUGAAACAGAAACUUGAGAAGGCCGAGGCAGCCAACACAAGUGUAAGCGCCCCGCUUUAUUUCUACAUUCUUCAAAAACACCUUUCAGAUUAAUGAGGAACUCAGAUCGGCAUCCAAAGAGUUGGGCAAGAUCCGAUUCCAGAUGCAAGGAAAAGAAAAUGAUUUGAGCAGAGAACGCAAAAUGACAGAGGCUUUGAGCGCGUAAGAAAUGAAUGUCUAACAGAUUUCUCAGAAAAUACGUUUUCCAGACAACUCCAGUCAGUCGUUUCGUCGUCGCAAGAGGAAGCGCUCAAGAAGGAAGAAGAGCUGAAGAAGCUGAGGACCACUGUUGAUGAACAAAAGGCGCAGAUGGAGAAGAUGGCUGCUGAAAAGAAAGAUGUCGAUCAGCGUCUCAAGAACCUCGAGAAAGAAUAUGCAGCCUACCGAGACGAGCAGAGACCAGAAAUCCGAACCGAAUUGGAGAGAAGAUAUGAGGAGGCAAAGUACAGACUGAACAGUGCGCUCGAGAAGAUUCAUGACUAUGAACUGCUUUAUGAGGCUGCCAAAAAGUCCGAAAAGGAUGGAACAAUCUCGAAGCAUUUGGAAGAGGAACUCAUUGAGGUACAACUAUAAUACAAAGUAAUGAGAGGAAAUCGCAAUAUUUUUAGGUGAAGGAGUUCAAUGCCCAUCUGGAAAGACAGUUUCAAGCGCAGUCAGAUAUUAUUGAGGCUCUCAAGAAGAAACUGCUGCAGCACAGAUCGUUCUGUGACAAAAUCAACAAAUUAUCAGAGCUUGAGGAUGCCAGCAGAAUCCAAGAGGAAUUGGUGAUGUUCUCCAGAGAAAACAACUGCGACGAAGGCAAACUUGCAGCUAACAUUGCGCUUAUUAUCAAAGUAAAUCAAGAAACCACUCUCAAUAUAUAAUGAAUGUUUUAUUUUCAGGAUAUCAGAAAGAACACAUUCUACUCGCCAUUGGAAAUCUCCACCGCUCAUCAUAAGGUAAACAUGACCUUUGUGGAUAGUCUUUUCAUUUGUUUCUGUUCAGAUUCGCCCCUACAGCUCAGUUGACUCAUCGGCCGAGUGGCAAUCGAACAGCAGUGAAGGAAUCGUCUCUCCAGACGAGCAUGACGAAUAG